CGCUGCCCGAGUGCCGCCGCACGGGGGCUUUACGUAAGCGUGCCCGUGCGCCGCGCGCCGGUCCGCCAAAGCGCUGUCGUGCUCUCGCCGCUCGUGCUUCCCGACGUCGUCCAUCUCCCGAAGCAUCAAGCAGCAGCAGCGGGCGCAGUGCGGCACUGCAGCUCCUUGCCUCCGGCGCUCUCGUCGCCCUUCGCUGCCGCCCGAUCGUGCUGCCCGUCCCGCCCCGCCCUCGGUCUGCACCUCUCGCAGCAUGGCGUCGUCUCCCGCUGCGGGGCUGCAGUCGCGCUCUCGGCGUCAAGCAGCUGCCGCGAGCGUGCCCGAUGAGUGGGACGUAGACGAGGAGCCGGCAACGAUGCAGCCGGCCGGACCCAGCGCGUUUGGCCCCGCGACUGCGGCGCCUGACCGGCCAGCGGCUGCGCCAACCGCAGCGCGCGACUCGCAGACAUGGGCCGAGGCGUGGCCCGCCGUCGGCUCGACGUCCAGUGCGCCGCUCGCACGGCCAGGCGGCACGUGGCAGCAGCAGGAGCGGCGGCUCUGGCAUGAUGCCAACGCAAGCGCUCCUGCUGCAGCGCCCAUCGUCGCUCGCGUCCUGCCGCCGCUGGGUGCGCCAUCGCUGUCGGACUCGGCGCCGCCGCCACGUAUUCUGGCCCGUCCGCCGAGGAACGCAGCCGAGAGCGCGCCGGCGCCCGUGGCUCCCGCUAAGUCGCGGGCCCAGCGCGAGGAAGAGUACGCUCAGGCACGCGCACGCAUCUUCGGGCCGGACAGCAGCUCGCCCAACGACGCUCGGCCUGCUGCCAGCUCACGACCCAAGAACUCAAGGCGCGGCGACCGGCGAGCCAAGCCGCCGGAUCUCGCCUGAAUGACACACAUCAGAAAGCAGCAGGCG